UAUUUCCAGUUAACUUGUUUAUUUUAAAAUUUGAUUGUUUAAAAGUGAUUUGUCAAUCUCACUUGGUGGCUCUAUCUACUAUAAUACGGGUUUAACUGUGGAAGUAGUGGCCUUGAAGCCUUUACAGAAUUCAUUAUUGAGCCAUCACAUUAGACUAGAAUCUAGCAAUGUUGGCGUCAACCAGAAGGACAGCGCUCACUCAUGCGCAGCAAGAAAAAAUGAGAGUAGAAAACAGAAGAAAAGAAAAUCUCCGAGAAGAUCAUUUGAAAAAUUUAAGAGAUGAUGCAUUAAUAAAGGCAAAUAUGGGAAGUGAGGAGAGGGUCGCUGAUAAACGUUUUAUUCGUAGAAUUCAAAAAGAAGAAGAGGAAAGAAGAAUGGAAGAAGGCAUAUUAAAGGCAGAACAAAAUCGUAGACAACGUGAAGCACAAAUGAUGCAAGAAGAAAGAAUGGCUAGAGAACUAGAAGUUUUAAAAUUAGAAAAAGUACGGGAUGAAAAAAUGAGACAACAGAUUAGGGAUAACAGCUUGGAGUUAAGGGAAUUGGAAGCAAAAUUGAAGGCAGGAUACAUGAAUCGUGAACGUGCUGCCCAAGUUGCAGAGAAGGAAGCAAUUAAAUAUGAAGGCAUGAAACGGGAUGCUGAAAUUGCUAAACUUAUGAAAAAAGAACAUGAGAGAGCUGGUGAAGCCGAACAAGCCAGAGAAACGGAAAGGUGGCAAGAAAGUGUUCGAUACCAACAAGAACUGGAAAGACAACUUGAAGAAAAAGAAAGAAAGAAGCAAGAAGCUUAUGAAGAAUUCCUGAAAGAAAAAUUGAUGAUUGAUGAAAUUGUUAGAAAGAUUUAUGAAGAAGAUCAAAGAGAACAAGAAAUGCGCCUUGAGAAACAAAGAGCAACUCAAAGAUAUAUUGAGGAGUUUAAGAGAAAGAGAGAGGAAUGGAGAAGAAUGGAAAGAGAGAGAUUGGAGGAAGAGAACAGGAAGAUACUUGCGUUUGCCAAUGUUCAACAAGUCCGAGAACAAGAUCGGAUGCUCAAACAAAAAGAGAGAGAACAAAACAAAUCUGAAGUUCAGCAGAGACUUGCUCAAAAGAUUGCUAGAGAACAGGAUGAAAAGGAAGAACGUGAGAGAAUUCUGCUUGAACUUUAUUUGGAGGAACAAGAAGAAGCUGAAAGAGAGAAAGAAAAGGCUGAGUUGGAACGUAAAUUGCGCCAGAGGAUUGAACUUCAGCAAACACACGCUGAGCAGAUGCAAUUCAAGCAAAUGCGAAUGCAAGCUGAAUUACAAGAAGAGGAAGAGUUUAGAAGACAAAUGUUGGCUAAAUUUGCUGAAGAUGAUCGUAUUGAGCAGAUGAAUGCUCAGAAACGUAGAAUGAGACAACUUGAACACAAAAGGGCUGUUGAGAAGUUAAUUGAUGACAGAAGGAAACAAUUUGAGGCUGACAGGGAACGGGAGUUGGCAGAAAGGCGUGAAGAAGAAAGAUUAGAAGCAAUGAGAAGACAGAUUAUUGAAGAAGAAAGACAGAGAUUACUUAGAGAACAUGCUACUAAGUUACUUGGAUAUCUACCUAAGGGUGUACUGGUCAACAGCGGAGAUUUGGACAUGUUUGAUGAUGCAUUCAAGAAAGCUUAUACCAAGAGACAAGUUGAUCCAUUUUCUGAUGACAACUGGGAAUGAAAUUCCAAUACUUUGUGUUGAAAAGACAUUUAUUAGUUUUUUAUUGUCUGUUAUACAUGACUUUGUCCUUAUUAUUUGACUUUGGUCACUCAAGUAUCUGCCAUGGAAUGACCGAGACUUGAAGGCCCAUGCUCACUAUAUCCAACUGUGCUUUUGUGUUACAAUUUGAUAUGUUAGGUUUUUGUCCAUUUCAUGUUAUAGUCAAACGUAAAAUGUGGCCGCAUUGAUUUUAUGAUCCACUGUUGUAAAUACAAUCUCACUUCGAUAA